AUGGACACGCAUGUUUUUGACACAAAACCAGAGAUCUGGCGAGAAGUUCAGGAACCAAAUUAUAGUUUGAUCAUCAUAGUUGUAUCUUUAGUGUUGUUCUACAUCCUAUCGCUGAUUGCGGCGUCUGUAACACCGCUGGUAGCCAGAAAGUCUGCAUGGAAAUGGAAGAAUUUCUCGGCGUCUUUCAUACAUGCUCUGAUCAGUAGUGCGUGGGCUAUGAUCUGCUUCUUUGAGCGACCAGACAUGGCAGAAGAUCUGAUUACUGUCUACACACCUCUGUCACACAGUCUUGUGUCGUUUUCUGUAGGUUACUUCAUAUUUGACGCGAUUGCGCUUUUGGGUCAGAGGGACAAGCAAGCUUAUGAACUUGUUGGCCAUCAUGCUGUUAUCAUCUGCUGUUUUAUGGUCCCGGUGCUGUCGCAUCACUAUGUGGGUUAUGCCGUUGUUGCACUGAUGGUGGAGUGGAACAGCAUCUUUCUACACCUGCGUCAGCUGCUGCAAAUCUGCGGAGUCUCCAAGCUGAAUGCUUGGUACCGACUCAACAGCCUUACAAACUUAGCCACGUUUAUCGUAUUCCGCAUCCUACUGCUGGCUUGGAUGACCCGGUGGAUCGUCAUCAACAAAGACCACGUCCCGCUGGUAUUCUACACCAUGGGCAGUGUCGGACUGGCCAUUAUGGUGGUCAUGAACAUUGUUCUCUUCUACAGGCUACUGCGGUCAGACUUUGUGUCCUUGAGGAACUCACACAGUGACCUUCGAGUGGUCGACAAACCUGCCGAUGAAUGA